GAUAUAUAAUUGAUUUUGAUGAGAACAAGUAAACUCAUAGAAACCAUCAUAUCAACAUUACCCUUUCUCCAGAUGAAACGUUGUUUAGCAUCUUACAUUAUUAAUUUGUAUUUCAUUCCUAAACUUAAAAAAAUACAAAAUGGCAGAUUCCAUUAAUAUAUCAACAAAACAUUAGUAUGUGUAUUUCAGACUGGGAAAAGAAUAACAAAAAGUACUGCGAUAAAUUCUGGUCAGGCUGGGACAAGAAUCUUACCGAUGAGGACAAGGAAAAGUACAAAAUUGACGGAAUCCUGACUUACUAUACGGCAACAAUGAGGCCAGUCAUGGAUGAACUAGGAACGUGCCCAACAGAGAAAACAUGGCAAGACUGGUUGUGCAAAUGGUCUAAAAUCUCGGGUGAUGAUUUCUUACGAGGCUGCGGUAUCGACAAAAAGAGUUACCCGCUUACAGCAUGGCCCGAGCCAGCCAUUGAAGGCUUAAUGGAAUCUACAUUCACGCCAUCGCUUAAAAGGAAUCUAGCUGCACAUCUUCGAGACGAUCUUGGCACUUUGGAGUCCAUGAGAACACCUAAAUUUGGAAUGGACACCUUGCCAAAGGCGUUUGCAAAAAAGAACAAGAAAGGUUGGAACACUGAUGUUGAUCUCUCAAAAAAUAUAAAGUUUGGCAUCAUGGUUACUGCUGUCGAAAACUUUGAAACAGUGAAGAAAAGAAAGAAAGUCAAGGUCACGGGUAUUAACCGAACUACUGGACAAAUGGAAGUUACCGAAGCGGACGCCGUUAUUUUGACAUUACCGCUACACAUUUUGCGGCAGUUGGACAUACCAUUCAGCAAAGAGCAACGAAAUGCUUUUUCCCAUAUUCAUUGUGUGGCUUAUACAAAAGUUAUGUUACAGUGCAAGACAAGAUUCUGGCAGAAAGAUGUGGGCCAAGGAGGUUUCAGCAAAAUUGACACGACUACCGGACAGUUACGUUACCCGGAUUAUGAAGGUUCUGGAAUUGAUGACGAUGAGCGUGGAAUCUUGUCGCUAUUUACAUCGGCUGAAAGUGCCCUGACGUAUGGCUCACAAUCGGAAGAAAUGGCUAUCCUUAGCGCCGUACGUGAUAUAAGUAAAAUACAUCCAGAAAUAAAGAGCGAAUUCGAGGUUGGCGCCGUUCAGGCUUGGCACAGUGAUCCAAUAGCUCAAGGCGCCUUCGCAUUUUUGAAGCCCCAUGAGUUUAUAAAUCACAUGAAUCUCCUGACAAAACCCACUGAAACUAUUUAUUUGGCCGGAGAUGCUCUGUCCUGGGCUCAUACCUGGAUUCAGGGAGCAAUAUUCUCUGGUCUGAUGCAAGCGUACUGCUUUCAGUCGCAUCUAGAGGAUAAAUGUAUCUGCGAGCCGGUGUCUCUAAUGUUGGAUUAGUGCAGCAGUAAAGCAACAUUAACUUGGUUGACACGUAGGUACAAUACUUUAUAAAAAAAAUGACCAUUUGAAAAGAACUUUGAAUAAAAUAUAGUUUUUCUCAGUGUAAACAGUUUUAGCUUAUAUAUAUAUAUAGAGAGAGAGAGAGAGAGAGAGAGAGAGAGAGUUAUAAUGUGAAAUUUCAAGCUAAUAUAUUGACAAAGGUAACAAGGACACAGGAGUGUCGAUCGAUUGUUACAGACGCCGUGAAUGUGUAUCACCUAAUAUUUCGAUUUAUUUUUUAAAUAUGUUCGAUUUAUUUUUUAAAUAUGUUCGAUUAACUUAGUUGACGUCAUUGGAAACGGUUUUUAUUUUGCUUCUAUUUUUAUCAGUGUAGUAACUUUUCACUCUUAUUUACAUACAAAAAUAUUUUUAAACAUAAUUUGUCUCUUAUUUAUAGCUUAAAUGCAAGGCCAAAGAUGCAAUAGGAAAGGCCACACUCCAAGAACGCAGCAGAAGUUUGACCUUUUUACAUGUACAUGCUUUAUUGUAUAUAUAUAUUGAAGAUGCAUUCUAAUAAAGCGCUUUUUAAUUAA